UUGUCAGUGUCUAUACUCUCUAAAAAACACACAUAACACCACGUUUUUAUAUUUUACUGGUCUUCAGUGAAUCGUGGCCUAAUGUCUGGCAGUCCUGCAACUGCAGUUUCGUGCUUUUCCGGUUUUUACUGAUCAGGAAUUAGUGCCACGCGCAUUUCUCACAGAAGGAUGUGCAAGCGGUAGCGUCACGCGCUCCGGACAACGCGAGCUGAUUGUUUGUAUUAUCUCAAAGAGCGUAUAAAAUUACUUCACUAUUUAUUUAUGUUCAUUAUUUUUAUUUAUAUCCUCUUCGAAAGACAGUAACCUCUUUUUUUUAAUUUAAUUUAAUGACGACACUGGCAAGGAGUUUGUAUACUAGACGACGAGAGGACCUCGGACUGUUUCAGGUGAGGCGCUUCAAAACGCGGUAUGUACCUGCUUACCUACUGUUCAGCGUUCAGGCAAUGGCCAGUUGUCUGUGGAGAUAUCGCUGCCGGAUCCUGCUCUGCAUAUGUACACCAUGUAUACUACUUGGAUGCCUUUUCAUCUACAUAACAUUGGCUUUAUGUUUAGCCAUGGCACACACCUACCCAUCUGAUGGACAAAUUAUCAGCUCUAAACUGCCAAAUGGACUCUUUGUAGCCACAGGGACCACUAAAGCCAACAUGCUGGCCUCCUACCCAAUUCAGCCCUUUUGGAGACAGGGCCUGAACAAUGCGGCAUUUUGGAACCUGAUCCAGCAUGUCAUGGACCGCCAGCAUAACCCCAUCCUUCAGGCCUCAGGAAACAUCUCCCAUAAACAUAACAUCACAUCACUGAACCAAACUGGAUGCUUUCCAAGCUAUGAAGGGAUGCGGAGAAUGUCAGAUUAUUUCACUCAGCCACUUCAGAUACAGAAGUUUAUCAUUUCUAUGCACUGUAGAGUCUACCCACUACUCAUUGACCAGCCAGGAUUGUGUGCCAAAACAGAAGAGGCUCCAAUGUUGCUGCUGGCCAUUAAGUCACUGGUGCCUAACUUCAGGAACCGCCAAGCCAUCAGGAUGACAUGGGGGUAUUCAGGCCUGCUGAAGGGGCAGGUGGGGAAAGGAGGACUAGUGCGCAGGGUUUUUCUCUUGGGCAAGAUUGAUGAAGAACUGAGCGAAAGUAUUAAAAAAGAGAGUGAAAUGUAUGAUGACAUUAUACUGUGGGACUUCAUGGACACUUUCUUUAACCUGACACUGAAGGACGUACUGUUCUGGGACUGGUAUUCCAAGCGCUGCCAGAAUGCCCGCUUUGUGUUAAAGGGUGAUGAUGAUGUCUUUGUGAGGACACCUGCUCUCCUGGACUACUUGGAGAACCAGGAAAAGCUUCACUUAAAAAGACAUGGGCACGCCAAGAAAAUGGAGGAUUUUGUUGUUGGGGACAUUAUCACCUCUGCAUUCCCUCUGCGCUUGGAAACCAAUAAGUAUUACAUCCCUGAAAGUUUCUAUAAGGGCAUGUACCCAACAUAUCCAGGUGGAGGAGGGGUAGUCUACUCUGGUGCUCUGGUGCCCAGGCUUCUCCAGGUGUCCAGGAGAGUUCAUCUGUUCCCUAUUGAUGACGUUUAUCUGGGGAUGUGCCUUCAAAGGCUGGGAGUCAUCCCCAUCAACCACCCAGCCUUUCUCACUUUUGACUUUAAUGCUGAAGAAGCGAAGGAGCCCUGUGCUCACCACACCAUCCUGCUGGUCCACAAACGCAGUCCCGAAGAAAUGUUAAAACUAUGGACAGAGACCUUAAGACCAAAUGAAGAAUGUAGAAACACAACCCUUAGAAUUGAAGAAAAACAGGAAGAGAUACUUUUAGAAUGAACCUGCUUGUGUCAAACAAAACAGGAGUGACUUGACUGACCUGGGAAGUGACCACUGACUACUGUCAAAAGCCUGCGAAGACAUUUCUCUCCUAACGACAUUCGUAAGUGCUGUGAAAUAGACUGCAAACACAGCUCACUACCAGAACUAAGUAUUAAUGAUUCUGCAUUCCAUCCAUCCACAACCUGGACGGGGUGCCAACCCAACGCAGGGCAUAAUCGCACACGCCCAUUCACACGCUACAGACAAGAUGCCAAUCAGCCUACAAAACGUCUUUGGACUAGGGGAGGAAACCGGAGUACCUGAGGAAACCCCUGAAGCACGGGGAGAACAUGCAAACUCCACGGACACAGGGCGGAGACAGGACUCUAACCCCAUACCCUGGAGGUGCGUGGCUAACCAUUAAACCACCGUGCCCCCCUGAUUCUGUAUUGUGAACCUGAAUAACAAGAACCUUCAAAUCUGUAACUCUGAACCUUAACAUAGUUUCUUAAAAUUUUAUGUAUACACUGGUGUAACGUACACUCAAACAUUUCUAAGUAUUCAUAAAGUAUAAAGAUUACUCUUUCAUCUGUAAUUGAUGGCUUAGUCAGUGACACCAAAAGGCAAUGCUAUGUAGAGACAGAGCCUAAGGACUGCUAGUGUUUACGACAUGUUAGAAAGGGGAAACUUUAUCUGACGAAGACAGUAUUUAAUUUGGUCAUAGCCACCCCCUCUGUGUGAAUAUUUAUAAAUAUUUGACUGAAUGCAUUUUUGUAUACUUAGAAAAACAGGUUAGCUUAUUUAAAUUGACAUAAUAGAGUUCUAAUAAUCAGAAUUAUUCCUGUGGUCCCAAUGUAUGUAUAAAAACUCUAGACUAUAAGCUAAGUAUGUAUUUUUUUUUUUUUUAAUAGAGUUUCAUUAAAAAAUAAAUGUGAUGAUUAUUUGACUCUUCUGGAAGCUUGCUUUCAAAGCCAGGAAAUUUUCCCUGAAACAAAUACUUGAAGCAAAUCUAAAUCAGAUUUUCAUGCGAAAGGGCAACACAGGUUUACAA